AAUCAUAUAUAUAUGAACUUUGGCCUUCCCUGGCGGCAUCCGAAACAAUUCUACACCGGCGAGAAAUUCGGAGGAAAAAAAAUCAAAAUUUUCUCGAGAAAAUCUCUGGAGUUCGUCGGAGAGAAAUCUUGAGGAGUCGAGUUUUCAUCGAUCUGUUUGGCUCUCGAGUUUCGACGAGAGAGAAAGGAGAGUGCACCGAUCAAUGGUGUUGCCUGGUGAGAGAGACUACAUGGAGACAGGGCAUGAGAGAUCGAAGACUCUCCACAAUUUCACGCUCCCGAACUUGAAGUGGGGGAGUCAGCGACAUCUCAGGUGCAUGAGGGACGAUUCGGAGAGCGGCGGCGGUUCCGUCGAUCACCGGCUCCGGCGCCGAUCUUCACCUCUGAAACUUGAGACCUCGUCCGAGGUGAUUCCGGUUCGGUUCAGAGACGGUGACCGGCGUAGCAACGACCAGAACCGGCGAUUGAGGUUGGUUUCGUCGAGAUCGGCGGAGAACGGAAGCGAAGAAGGGAUCGAGGAGUUCAGGGAGAAGAUCAUGUCGGAUCUGAGGACGGUGGCGGACAAGAUGACGGAAUCGAUUUUCAGGAAAGAAGCUUUGGGCUGCGGAGAGGAGGAAGAGCAGAGAGACGGCGUCGGCCGAGAGAAGGGGAGACGGAAGGAGAGACAAGAGGAGAAGCAGAAGGAGAGGGAGGUUUCCGCGGUAACGGCAGCGGCGGCGGCGGCGGAGGUGAAACCGUGGAACCUACGGACGAGGAGGGCGGCGUGCAAGGCGCCGACCGGAAACAGCAACGGAAGCCAGUACAAUGGCUUCAAUCACCACAACAAAGGGUUGAAGAUUGAGGAGAGAAGUGUGAAUCCAUCGCCAUUGAUUAACGAUUCGGCAAAGUCGCCGAGGGUGAGGGAGAGAGGCGGAGCGACGGCGGCGGCGGCGGCGGUGUCGGGAGCCGACACGAAGGAGCGACCAAAGUUCUCGGUGCCAUUGAAGAGGAAGGAGAUCGAGGAGGAUUUCAUGGAGGUCAUGGGUCAUCGACUUCCUCGCCGUCCCAAGAAGCGUCCCAGAACCGUUCAGAAACAAUUGGACUUCUUGUGUCCCGGUCUGUAUCUGACAGAGGUCACGCUCGACACCUACAAGGUUCCAGAGCCGGUAGAGAAUGGAAAGAGAUGACGAGAUGAGGUCAGAUUCCGUUCGGUUGCUUACACUGGAAAGAUCUGAUGGAAAAGAAAAAAAAGCCGAAGCUCGUGAAUUCUGGUGCUGCUGCUAGUUCGUUCAUGUGCUUUGAACUGCUAAUUUUGUUUUGCUAAGUAUCUUUUUCGUUCAGUAGUUUUCUUCCCCAAAUGGAUGAAUAACCUGUACAAAAGCUAUGGGACGACUAGUUCUUGUUUCGAUUUCAGGAACUGUGUUUUAUAAAUCAGUGAAAAAGCUCAUUCCUUUCCA